AUGAAAUUCAGACCGCGUACAAGUGCAGGUCGUCCACUGAGCGGUGUGGUGCGCCCGGAAACCAGCUCACGUCCAGGAACAAUGGAGCAAUCGCUGCGUACAUCGCGAACCUCGAAAACGGCUCGUGCCACAUCGUCAAACUCGGCUCGAUUCGUGCGUCUUGGAACCGCCUCAAUGGUCGCACAGGCUGAUGGUCAGUUCAUAAAUUUGGCUCGACUGAACGUCGAGAAAUACGCUCGUGAUCCACACAUCAAUCGUCUCUUAUUCGAAUACGUUUUCUAUCAUGAAGGCGACAUGAAAAUUGCUCAUCAGAUCGCUGCAAUCGCAACGAAAUGCGCUGACUAUUCGGAUUGGUAUUGGAAGAAUCAGUUGGGGAAAUGCUAUUAUCGGCUUGGAAUGUUCCCGGAUGCUAUCAAGCAGUUUCAGUCAUCGUUGAACAAUCAGAAAAUGACAUAUAAUCGCAUCGAUCAGCCUCUGAUGGCAAUCGAGCAAUACAAUGCCGGACUUCAUAUAUUCAAGAACGACGUUACCCUACUGAUUGGAUUAGCUCGAGUUCAAGAGCAAUUAGGCGAAAUGGAGAAAAGUGUUGAAACAUACAAAGGAGUGCUGAAGCAAGAGGCGAGUAAUGUGGAAGCGAUUGCAUGCAUUGCAAUGAACUACUUCUAUAGUGAUCAACCAGAAAUAGCGCUUCGUUACUAUAGGUUGGUCGCCGCCUAUUACAGAAGAAUUUCCAAGCUGAUAAAAUGA